AUGGAUUACCCAAAUCUUGCAGUCCUCCAAGCUAGCGUAAAUGCUACAAAAGCCAAAGUUGCCGACCUUGAAGGUCAAUUGGUUCAGGCUAGAGACGAAAACGCAGCCCGAGAGAGAGAAAUGAUAACGGCUAUGCUCAAGCAAGCAAAACUCCCUGACAGGUUGGAAUCAAGAUCUUUUCGUGCUGAAGUGAACCAAAUUGCAGAGCACUGGUCUCGGUAUGGACCUAGUAAAUCAGGUCUUACCUUUGGAACGUUGAUUUGUCUCUGUCGAUCACUUCCGAGAACCGACUGGGAUCUCCUGCAACGGCACCCUGAGACAUUUCGAGAACAAGCUCCUUCGGUUAAUGAGCGCCUCGGUACAUGGAAGUGGGAAGUCUGGGAGUGGUUUCGAAAGUUCGUGAAUCCUGAACUCCAGAAAAGCUGUGUUGCUGCAAUGACUUUUGAAAAUUUCAAGGAUGAUCUUCCUGGAUUGAACAAUCAAUUGCAAUGCAUCCAAAGGCAAACUAACGCCGCAGAAACCAUUCAGCUGCCUUCCGCAACUUUUCAAAAUCCUUCCGGAACACCUGUUGAUAAAGUUACUCAAAAUGAAAGGAAUGAAUCAUGGAGUCGAAAGUCCCCUGGCACAACCUCUUGUAACCCAAGAGAAUGCAAUCUCGCCGAUUUAGUACCAGUGUCCCGGGCCGCCCUACUAAGCCAGCCGCCAAGACACCUCUCUUCUGUAGCGUCGUACGCAAACAGUGAAAGCUCUAACUUCAAGUUUACAAACAGGAAACUAUCUCGAAUGGAUUGCCUUUUCAGAACAUUGUUCGACCCCAGAAUAAAUCAUCAAUUCGAAAAUGGUUCGGCGAUGACAAUCAUCUUUGGCAAGGAGGAGACGUUGGAAGGCUGGGCGCCGCUGCUGGUAGAGAACCCAAACCUGGGCCAUUUUCUUGAGAAGAUGAAGCAAGAUUUGAACAUCGGCUGGAACAUUGGAUAAAUCUAG